UUCAAUUUUUGGAAUGCAGCUUAUUUUGCGCCACCAGUGGAACAGUUUGAAGCAUAAUUCCUAAUGUCCAAGCUACUCAGAGGAUCUAAGAAAGUACCUACACAGCUAGACCUAAGUAUCAUCGAAGUAAAAUCAAAGUUUGAUGCAGAAUUUCGCAGGUUUCCCUUGGAUAAAACGCGGCUAACGUCGUAUGAAGAUUUCUACAAGCAUGUGCAGGUGAUUCACAAGUUACAAUCCAUUCCGUUCUCAACAUGGUAUACGGACAUGCAUGGAGACCUACUCCCAAUAAACAACGAUGAUAAUUUCUUGCGGGCUGUGACAACGGCAAGGCCGCUUUUGCGGGUUUUCGUUCAGCGCAAAGGAGGUAGUGUUCCUGAAGAGAAUGCCUUACCCCCUGAAGUACCGAGGCGUCGAAACUUGUUAUCUAAUCUCACAAACCCAGCCAAAUCCCAUCUCAGUAGGAUAUCAAUCAGUGGCCCGCAGGAUUUCCGCCGAGUUUCUGCAAUUGUUGAUGUGGACAUUAUCCCAGAAACCCAGCGCAGAGUUAAAUUAUUGAAGCACAACACAGAUAAACCACUUGGAUUCUACAUACGUGAUGGAACGAGUGUUCGUGUAACACCUAGUGGACUAGAAAAAGUUCCAGGAAUUUUUAUUUCGAGGCUUGUUCCCGGUGGGCUUGCAGAAAGCACUGGUUUGUUGGCUGUAAAUGAUGAGGUUCUAGAAGUAAAUGGUAUUGAAGUGGCCGGGAAAACUUUGGAUCAGGUGACAGAUAUGAUGAUUGCUAAUAGUCACAACCUUAUUAUAACUGUGAAACCCUCAAAUCAGUUCAACAAUCCUGUGCUUGGAAGACUGAAUCGCACUGAGCCAGAUCGCAUGAAAUCACAAAGCCUUACAAACUUAGCAACACAUUCUAUUCAUAAUCCAGUAAUUACUACAGGAUCACCAACAAUGCAUCACGCUUACCACAAUGAAUUGGCCGAAGAAAUCCCAGACAGUGACGAAGAAGACCACCCAACAGUCGAUGAGGAUGGCAUUUUGUCAAUAUAAUCAUUUAUCAUUCCAAAGUCAUGAAGGAGACAAAUCUAUGUAGAAAUAUUGUUACAAGAAUAUACGUGAAUGUAUAGUUUAAACUCAAGAGCAAUUUUCUAUGUGAGAGGAACUUUCUAUGUUUUAGAUUUAGAUAUUAAAGGACUAUUUCUUCAAACAAAAUGAACUGAACUACUGGUUAUGAAUCAAACUUUGAUAAAGAAAUCAACAAUAUUUUACUCAUGUGAUCAAUACUUAAAUAAUUUUUUGUGAACUUUUUGAAUAGUAUCCUUUGUGUUUUUUAUAAACCACUCAGAGACUUUCCACCCAUUUGAUAUAGUAACCUAUAGAGUGCAUUUUAAAGUGUUGUUAGACCAAUGCCAGUGUAAUUAAAACAGCCAGUUAGGGGUAAGGAAAAUAUUGCAGGGAGAUAAUGAGAACAAAAAUGCUUUAUGUGCGGGAAAAUGAGAAAUGCCAAGGUGCAAUUAAUUUAAGUUUUGAAUCUGGUUUGCUAAGCCUUCAACUCCCAAGAUCUGAUUGUUAAUUCUCUCUAACAGCUACACAUU